CCCUGGCCUCUGGCGGGGGCGCGAUGACGGCCCGCCUGGAGCCUCCCCAGCGGCGUCCUGGAGUCGGGAUAGGAGUAGUGGUAAUUAGCAGCCAGCAUCCUCGUUGUGUCCUCCUGGGCAAGAGGAAAGGGUCAGUUGGAGCCGGCAGUUUUCAACUUCCUGGAGGCCAUUUGGAGUUUGGUGAAACGUGGGAAGAAUGUGCUCAAAGGGAAACCUGGGAAGAAGCAGCUCUUCACCUGAAAAAUGUUCGCUUUGCCUCAGUUGUGAAUUCCUUUGUUGAGAAAGAAAAUUACCAUUAUGUGACCAUACUAAUGAAAGGAGAGGUGGAUAUGACUCAUGACCCGGAACCCAAGAACACAGAGCCUGAAAAAAAUGAAAGUUGGGAGUGGGUUCCCUGGGAAGAAUUUCCUCCACUGAACCAGCUUUUCUGGGCACUGCGUUGUUUAAAGGAACAAGGCUACAAUCCAUUUAAAGAAGAUUUGGAUCAUCUGGUAGAAUACAAAGGACAUCAUCCUUGGGGGUACAAGAAGAAAACCUGAUUUAUUUUAAAAAGACAAAAGAAGGUCCUGUUAGAAAAUGAAAAAUAUCUACAUUUCAGAACAACUCCAUUUUAUUUAGAAAGUUCCAUAUGAUUGUCAGUUUAUUUGAUCUCUCUUAAUAUACCCAACACCCUUUCAGCCAGUACUUGUGAAAAAUUUUUGGGCAUUAUGUCAUGAAGUGCACUUCAGACUCAGCGUGACAAAUGGUGGUAUUGUGGCACUUCUGCUCUCUGUAUUUCUUUGUGAUUUUUACUGUGCAGUUUGUCAUGACCAGCUUGCAUGGGGUGGAGGGCAGUAGGAUUUGCCUUAGUGUUUCCGUUCAAAUAGAGAUCCUAGUUCAGAUGCUAACACAGUGUGCCUGUUGCAGAAUUUAUCCUGUCUGUUGAUUUUCCUCUUCUGUUUUAUUUAAAGCAAAAUUUUUAGUACUGAAUUAUGACCGUCCUUGCACCUGGAGCAACAGGACAGGUCAUUAGGGUGUAUGUCCCAGAGUUCUGAUUCAGAACCUACCUCAAGAGAAGUGAGACAAACCGCCUGAGAUAUUACCCUGUCAUUAACAGGCCAUGUAAUUUUGGAUUUCUCACCUAAUCUCUGUGAGAUCCAGCUUCCUUAUAUCUAAAAGAAGAGUAGACUAGGGCACUGGUUCUCAAGGUGUGGUCUGGGGAGGUCUGUGAGACCCUUUCAAGGGCACUCAAGGUGAAAGCUGCUUUCAUAAUACCAGGACAUUAUUUGCCUUUUCCACUGUCAUUCUUUAAUGAGUGUACAGAGGAGCUGUCCAGAGGCUAAGGGACACGUGAUAUUGUAACAGACUGAAUGCAAGAAGAAACCAGGCAAGCCUCAUGGAUGAUACUCUUCAUAGGUUUAUCUCAAAUAUAGUUGAUUGGGAAUUCAUUGAUUCCUUUUUUUUAAAUUUAAAUUCAAUUAACAUAUAAUGUAUUAUUGGUUUCAGAGGUAGAGGUC